AUGGAAAGCUCGUUCACCAGUGUGAUACCACAAUCGGAGCCGAAUGACAUUGGAGGUACACCGGUGGUUAUCCAGCAGUAUGCGAGAUACUCGUCUACGUUGGAGCCGGGGUUACAGAGUGGCUCUUCAAUAGGGAGCGCCCGCAGUCGAUUAGGAGCGUCAAAGUCUCCUCCCCUACAUCGCAAAGCGACUCCUCGCAGUCUGCAAUCUUCCCCUACUGGUUUACGGCCAGUCGUUCCUGCGACGUCGGCUACGCGCUCAGGGCCCUCGAUGUCUCCUCCAGUUUAUGAUACCAUUCGUCAGCGACAGGCUAGGGAGCCGAUGGAUCAGGCAGUCUCGCGGGGCCUGCCCUCUCGUGACAUUCGAGAUGAAACUAUCGACGAUGCCUACGUGACGUUCAUUCUUUAUUGUAACCCAAACGUUCCAAUGUCCGCAGACACCACCGAGCUUCGAAAGACUUUCCGAUCUCCGCCUCGGAGCGAUGGCAAGAGCUUCAGCAUCUUCACCCUCUGGGAGCUUAUUCGAAAGCUGGACAAUAAGGAGCUGAAAACGUGGAUUCAGUUGGCAAUCGAGCUAGGCGUUGAACCCCCUUCGGCGGAGAAGAAGCAAAGUACGCAAAAAGUUCAGCAAUAUGCGGUGCGACUCAAGCGUUGGAUGCGCGCAAUGCAUGUAGAUGCAUUUUUCGAAUACUGCCUUGGCCAUCCUCAUCCGUACUACACCCAGCUCCCGGCCUCCAACGCAGCGGUCAGUGACACUCGCGACGGCGUACCGCUAGAAGAAGACCUUGCUUUGCGUGCGCUUGUCCCUGAGUGGAAACCGAAACGUGGGCGCAAACGGGCCGACGAAAGGGAUCAAGCUAACGAGAAGCCGGCGAAACGACCUCAGCUGGAUACUUCCGUCGGGGUAUUUCAGGCAGGUUCAUUUGCAGACCAGUCUGCAACGUUUCCGCAGAGCGCCAUCCCAUUCAGUGCUUUCCCUGACAACGAUCCAUGGAUGACUGCUGCAUCAUCAUUCCCGGCUGAUGGCUCUACUGACAACCAGCAAGGCCAAGAGCUUCGGUGGAGACCUCUAGAGCGAGACGCAUCGCCUGCUGGAUAUCCACAGUCAGCGAUAAUUCCCCGAGGGCAUCAUCCAUCAGAAGUUCUUCUGCCAACGGCAGAGCCACGCUCGGCGAUCGAUCCGUCCUCUGGUGAAAAGUCGCGAUCUCGGAGGCGGCAUGGUCCGGCGGUUUCUUCCGCCUGGCCUAACAGCAAUGCAUCGAUCACUGGGAAGACUCGGGGCAGGCCUCCGCAGAGAGGUGUUGUUUCUGGUCCAUUCUCCACGUUUCCUGUGAAUCCUAGUCGGACUGAUUCCAGGCAAAGUCAGGGUCCGGGGUCAAGAUCUUCGCCUGCUAUUGUGGUAGAGCAGAAUGCCACAACUCGCGCAGACUCCCAGUAUCAACAGUCGCCCACUCCCUUUCCUCAUGCGACUGCCAGACCAAACAAGCUUCAAUUACAAGUUCCACAACACUUAGGCGGACCUGUCCGCCUUGCCACACCACCGACGCUAAUGGUAAAUGGAAUGAGUACUCCGUCUGCCUCCCUUAAGGUGGAACCUAGUCAUCGGAACGGCUCUACCGCUCAUUCAAGUGACCUAUUCGGCGAUAGUACUGUACAGGUCGUCAUGCCGCAUACAAAUACCAAUUCUCUGUCUGAUAACAACGUGACCUUGGACAUUAGCCUUGACGAUGUUGCCCGUGUCCUAUCAGGCGAGUUACUCCGCGCAAAGCUCACAGGCAGAGUAGUACCUCUGAGCGCUGAAGAGGCUCGUUCCUUGGCAUUCUCCAUACUGAAGCGUUUGAGUGCUAAUUACAUACGACUUCCCUCGAGGCUAUCGGCUCUCGCGUCAGCUCUUUACCUCGGGCUUGGAGCGCACUUUGGCUUUACGAGCCCCGCCCCGAGCUCCAUGACGGUGAAUGUUGAAAGAGCACCUAUAGCUGCUGGGGAGGGUUCAACGAUGUCGGCCGAUAGAAUAUCGGCCAAUUUCAUCUAUUCGAUUUCCCAUGAAUACAAGCACGGUUCUCAGUUCUCCGCAAAAGUCGUGUACAGCGAUACGGGCAUCUCGAAUAUAGAUGUCGGUAAACCUGAGGGAUCGUCACGAAUGACUGAUGAUAUGGACAACAGCGUUAUUGAACUUGAUAGUAUGACGGAUGCGGAAUACGAAAUCGACGGUGCAGAAAGCACCGUGUCUGAAAUGACAUGGAAACAGCGUUACAUGAAAUUGCGAGCACAGAUGCAGAAAAGAGAGCGGUCCCUGUCCCAAUACAAACGCAAGAUUCUCGAGUCGGUGAUGGCAGACAUAUAA